UCUUUUCACCAGACCGCGACUCUGUCUUCGUCUCUGUCAUUUCCCGAUGGCCGUUUUAUCGGCUGUCACUGGGGAAUGGUGGAGGUCAAUUGGAGUUUGAGUAGAAGAGGAUUUCAAAUGUUUACCAAGUCACUCCUUCGCCGAUCGUACUGCACAUGGAACGGUGUUCUGCAGCAACAUAUGUUAUUGGACCACUAAGGUAAAAACAGCCAUGGGAAUAUUUACAAACGUCAGCCAGUGUCAACCAGGUAUAGUCGGGCAAAGUCCUUGGAACUUCAUAGUAAAAUACAAAAGGAAUAUGACCUGAAAUGCACAGAUGUAGAGCAGCGAUCUCAAAUACUCUCUUGACGAAAACAUGUGAACAGACUGUGUUAUGGGACAAAAUACUUGCUUGGUCAAGGCUUAACAAUGUGCAGGAUGAUGUGUUGGAAUAGCAGAGUUGUUGCCAUGGCUACCUUUCACCCUAAAGUGUAUGGGUCAUCUCAGCAGCUCAGAGCAUUCAGCACUGUCCUGUUCACCCAGGCAGAGCGGCAGCCAAGCCAGUUAAGACCUCACACAGAACUCCCAUGCUCUACCAGGGCAUACAGCUGGAGGAGCAAAAAUGACAAGUCGGACAUCCCACCACUUCACAGGAGCAAAACCGCUUACUACGACAUACUCCAAGUGUCACCAAACGCUACCCAGUCCCAGAUAAAAACAGCCUACUACAAGCAGUCGUUCAUCUACCACCCAGACAAGAAUGCUGGCAGCGAAGAGGCCACUGUGCGCUUCUCGGAGAUCAGCGAAGCCUACAGUGUCCUGGGGAGCAUCCCCCUGCGGAGGAAGUACGACCAUGGCAUUCUGAGCGGGUCCGAUAUUCGGGGGGGCGGGGGGGCGCCGGGACGCGAGGCCGGCACCAGAGCAUCUGGCCCACAGCAGCAUCAACAACAGCAGAGGUCACGACAGUUCUCCAACAUCGGAGGGAAGACCAUGUUUGACUUUGACGCCUUCUACCGGGCUCACUAUGGGGAGCAGCUUCAGAGAGAGAAGGAGCUGAGGGCCAGGAAGGGCCGGUACCAGCAGAAACAGCAGCAGGCAUAUAAACAGUGGAAGCUAGGGAAGAUGAUGGAGGUUACUGUUGUGGUGCUGCUGGCCUUUGGAAGUGUCAUCUUCUUCAAUAUCAGGAAGUCUUAAAAUCACAAAAAAAAGGGGCAUGUGGUGGCUUGAACAGUGACCCAAAGUUUUAGAUUCUCUCCUCGGGGCUCAGAUUUUCAAACAUUAUACAUCAGUAUGCUGUAUUUAUUCUAUUGGAUAGGAUUACGUUGGUAGAAAUACAAUGAAUUGGCCUGAUGCCUCCAAGUCAAUGAUUCACCUGCUCCAUUCAUUCUAUUUCUAUGCAUUUAAUCCUAUCCAAUAGGCAAGAUCUUGAUAACAUUUAAAAAAUGGGCCAUGGUUAUUAAAUAAUGUAAACUGUUUACCUUA